CUCUCUCUCAACUUCGUCCCAUUUUGCAUCUCUCGCUCUCUGUUUCUCGAUCCCAAACAACCCCUCCCCACGAGUUACCUUUCUUCUCACCAAUCCCCUGCUAUGGAGAAUUUAUUCCCUAAACAAGCUCUUAUCAUACUCCUAAUAAUAUUUUCAUCACCAAUCUUGAGUACUCAUGCUCGAAUCCUCAAUGCAGAUAGAGUUGCAAACAUGGGCAUUAUGAAUAGUCAGGUUCUCCUACGUGAGCUCGGGUUUGAUCUCUCCAAGUUCAAAGGAUAUAAUGAAAGGAGGUUUUUAGUGGAUUCGGAAAGGGUUUCACCGGGAGGACCUGACCCGCAGCACCAUUGAAUGAUCUUUACGGAUAUUUUACUUGACCCGAGAUCCAAACACAAUAAUUGUGACUGAUCUAUGCAGGUCAUUUAUAUGCUUUUUUCUCUCUCUCUUUUUCCCCUUCAUAAAUCUUACGUACAAUUUUGUUGUAUCAAGGUUUUGGUGUUCUUGUACCUCCUUGUCUUAAUACAUCAAACUUUUUCUCUGUAUGUUUUCGUGUGUCUCCAAUGAGCAGGAUGAGUUACCUUUUAUGUAACAGCAAUUGGCUUCUAAAUAAUAUUCCCCGGUUUGA